CCUUGCAUUCGAAAGUGAGUGAGUGCUUGUGUGUGUGUUUGGGGUUCUGAGAUAAGCUUGUUAAUGUGAAGGGAUAAAAAGUGAUUGGGUGCGCGUGAGUGUUUGGGGUUUUGGGGGAUUAGCUUGUUAGUGUAAAGGGAAGAAAGGCAGGAGGUGGGGGAGUGUGUGCUGGAGACUCGUGGUCAGAAGGGUCAGCAAGAGGACAAGACUGAAACUCAGGAAGUGGACAGAGAGAGAGAGAGAAAAAGUGUGAGUGCAAGUAUAGAUCAAUAACAUGAGGAGGAGAGCAGACUGGACACAUGUGGACAUGCGUUUACAAAUUUUAUCUUUAAUGUAAAUUAUUGUAAAUUAUUUUUUUACUGUCUGACUGCUUGUCUGCUUACCUUCAUAUGCUUUUGGGCCAUUCCACCGAAUGGUGCCAUUUGCUUGUGGUAACUCUUCCAAUUUAAACUUAUUUUAAAAAAGCUGACUCUACAUAUAUUUAACUACUCAAACGUGUACUGGUCAACCUCAGGCAGCUUUACGUAUUUUUUACAAGGUUUCUAAGCCGAAGAUGGUUACAAAACUCAUGUGACGUUUUAAAAAGCAUGUUUAAAAGUAAGUCGACUAGUUCCUUUGAUUUUGUCUCAAGAAAGUCUUUAUUUUAAAGAAAUGGUUGACUGCAUGUUCAAAUAAUUAAUAUUUAUGACAAAAUAAAUCACUUUUGUUAAUGACACUCAUUUCUGUUACUGAAACUCACUUCUGUUACUGGCACUCAUUCCUGUUACUUUUUAUGUUUUGAGCAACAGGAAUAAGUAUUUAGCAUAGAAUUAGCAAAAACAUAACAUAACAUGGCUAUGCUAAUUUUGUAUUUAGAAAAUAAAUCAAUAAGAUCUUAGAAUUAAUUUAGGUAACAGGACACUAAAACUUUAGUGUCUACAUUAUUAUUAUACAUAAUUAAUGUCAUCAAUCUCCUUUUUUGUCUGUUUUUUAUUUUUUGACAACACAUGUAUCUGUACAUUGUUGUUCUGUACAUUGGUUUUCCUCUGAGUACUCAAAUUUCCUCCCACAGUCCAAAAACAUGGAGAUCAGGUGAACUGGUCACUCUUAACUACGCUGGGGUGUGAAUGAGGGUGUGUAUGUCUGUUUAUAGCCAGAACAGAGUUCCAAUCUGGGCAUACAAAAUCUUCCUUAGGCAGGUUAGUUCACUCAGCAGGCCUAAUUACUAUUUCAACAACAUAUUUUAAAUCACUGAACAGAUUAUUGUAGCAUUUGAUAAGGUUCUUUUCGUUGAAGGGGGAGACUUGAACAGAUCCUGGGCUGAGCAUUAAGAGAUUAUGAGAACUCUGUCAUAUUUUAACCUGUGGCUGGUCUCCUUGUUGUUAAUAAUCCCUCUGGUCAAUCUAACCCUAGCACUUGAUGCAGUUCUCGGGGUGAGGGGUUGUUUCCGGUUGAGAGCAUGCUGUGUGCAAUUGGCUGCUGUUUCUCGCUGAUGUGUGUUAACACGCAUAAAGUGUGUUGAGUGCUGGGCAUAAAGAAUUUGAAUGGUAUAAGGUGUGUAUUAGAAAGGUUAUUUAUAAAACUUAUCUAUAAUCUCUAUAUAACUAUCUAACAUCAAUUCAUUCAUACACUGUGUUUAAAUUUUAAAAUAAAUGGACCAAUAAAAAAUGCUCCACAAUUAUUUAGAAUAAAAUCUUCGCUUACAGUCAGAGUCGAAGUAUAAAGGUGUUUUUUUCAUCUUCUGUAAAGUUGAUGCUUUGAUAGGUACAACAUGUUAAACGGAGUGUCUGGGGCUCUAGCAGUGUCCGAAUGGGUCUUGAUCUGUGUAACUGAUCUGAACGCUAGUGUGGCUCUGCUAACUGUCUAUUAUGUCAUUGUGCUUUGUGAGUUAGUGUGGCUGCAGGGAUGAGGUUACAGACACAGAUGUAGACGGCUCUUAUGCUGAUGGAUUCAUGUACUCUGAGCUGCUUAGAAGGGAGACCCAACAUUGACAGAAUAUCCCAGUAUUAUUUACCUCAGUCUGUAGGUAAUGAAUCUGCAGUCUGAGAACAACUAUUACAGAUAGUUUUGAUGCAUUUUGAUAAAUUCCUUUUAUUAGUGGCCAUUACAAAACAAGGACUAAGAACAAAAACUGGGACAAAGAAACAACACUGAGACUAAAAAGAGCAAAGACUAAAAAACAAACAAAGGACCAACAAGGUUUAUCAAAGAAAGUAUCUAUCUAUCUAUCUAUCUAUCUAUCUAUCUAUCUAUCUAUCUAUCUAUCUAUCUAUCUAUCUAUCUCUCUAUCUCUCUAUCUAUCUAUCUAUCUAUCUAUCUAUCUAUCUAUCUAUCUAAUCUAAUCUAAUCUAAUCUAUAAUAAGGCAGGACUGAGGCUUAAACUGUCAGAAAUGACACAAUACACAUGAGGUAUUUAAGCACAGGCAGAGACAAGGGACACCUAGGGAAGUAAUGAGGGGGUGGUGUUGCAAAUGAGACAGGUGGGAUUACAAAUGACAGGACAGGGCUAAGGCAGAGACAACACCAAAAAAAAAAAAAAAAAACACAGCCAUGUGCCAUGGGAAAGAAAACAAAACAGUGGACAGAAACAGAAUGGACCAAAAAAGGAAAAACACAAGACAGACACAGGUUAAGGUGUGACAGUUAUGUAAGUAUUAUGUAGUAUUUUGUAGUAUUAUUUAAGCUCUUUUUCUCUUACAGGUGUAUAUUAAUUCGACACGACCAUUGCUGUAAGCUUUAGGACCACACACACACACACACAGAAGCAUACAAAUACACCAGCUAUUCUGCAAACUGCUGUGAAAUAAUCUUGUGCUAUUACAAAAACAGUGCUACUGUGCCCGUGUUUUCUCUACCGGUGCUCACACCAGAACACCAGCCCAUACUGAGGACUCUCCAACCAGUCUGGUGUACGAUCCGGUUGUCAGGGUGACAACGAGUAGACAGGUAACAACAGAAAGGAAACACCUGUGGCUCUGGACUCUCUCCGUAUAACAGCCCUCUCACAACAAGCACAACAACAGUGAAUCAGCACCAGACCAGAGACUUACUGAUAUGAAGAGCUGCUUGUACUGAACUCUAGAGAUGAUGCCAAAUGUCCCAGAGCUGAUGACGCUACAUAGAUCACAGGAUAUAUUUCAACUCUGGGAGAACUCUUCAAACUGACUACAACUCAGAGCUGGAACUAAACAAGAUGCCAGAGAGAGUGUGUCUUUUUCAAGGUCAGAACUACCACAAGCUGAAGCGCUCGUGUUUAAGGCGAGGGGCUCUGUUCCAGGACCCGUAUUUCCCUGCAUCUGCUCAGUCAUUGUUUUACAAGAGAGCGCCACCACCGGGACUCAAAUGGAAGAGACCAAGGGAACUGUGUAAGGACCCUCGACUCUUUGUGGAUGGAAUCAGCACCAGAGAUCUGCAUCAGGGCAGUCUGGGUAACUGCUGGAUGGUGGCAGCCACUUCCUGUUUGGCCACAGAGAACUCACUUUGGAAAAAGGUCAUUCCUAAUCACAUGGAGCAGGAGUGGAACCCAAAGCAUCCUGACCUGUAUGCUGGAAUCUUUCAUUUCCGCUUCUGGCGGAUGGGUCAGUGGACGGACGUUGUGGUCGACGACCGUUUACCGGUCAGUGAGGACGGAACUCUACUUUUCUGCCGCUCAGCAACGCCAAGGGAGUUCUGGAGUGCCUUGCUAGAGAAAGCAUAUGCCAAGCUGAAUGGCUGUUACGAGGCUUUAGAAGGAGGUAACACAGCUGAAGCUCUGGUAGAUUUCACUGGAGGAGUGUCUGAACCUCUGAGCCUGGAUCGAGAAGCACUGACUGAACAUGCUGAUCAGAGGAGAGUGCUGUUCCAGACGUUAGCCAAAGCUCACAGCCGCAAAGCUCUCAUCACCUGCUCCAUAAGGCCAGCAGAUGGAGAGCAUGUGGAGUCAGUGCUGGACUGUGGUUUGGUGAAAGGACACGCUUAUGGUAUUACUGCAGUCAGGAAGAUCCGAAUAGGGGAGAGUCUACUGGGCAUUUGUGGAGCGUCUCGGAUCUACAUGGUGCGAAUGAGGAACCCCUGGGGCACGACAGACUGGACAGGAGCCUGGAGCCAGGGGUCGCAGCAGUGGAAUCAGGUGGGCCGCAGUGAAAGAGAGAAAAUGGGGCUUGUUGUCAGAGAUGUGGGAGAGUUUUGGAUGGAGUUUGAAGACUUCUGCCGCUACUUCACAGACUUGGUGGUGUGCAGGCUGGUGGAGCGCUCUUUGCUGUGGCCUUGGGGUCACUGGAGGGAGGUGCGUUGCCGAGGGGAGUGGGCACACGCCCCUGUAGACUCGCCAUCAACCACCUCUACAGCUUCCCGCACAUCAAACAGCCAGAGGACUUUCUCAGGAUCCCAGUGGACCCAUCCAGGUCCUGCUCCGAGAGGAGACAAGAAAGAGGACAGGCUGGGUGAAACUCAGUUGGACAGGAGGAAAGUUCAUGGAGCGAAGGAGAAGAAGGAGCGGGGUGAAGAGAAAGCUCGAACGAACAAAGGAAGAGAAAGAACACAGAAAAAGAAAGAAAACACGUGUAGUGUAAAUAAGAAAGAAAUGGUGGAGGAUGAAUGGGAGCGAGAGAUGGACAAGAGGUGUAGAUGUGGAGGAUGCAUAAAUCACAGAGAGACGUUUCUUCAUAACCCUCAGUUCAUGUUUGAGGUGGGUGGAGAGGGGGAUGAGGUCCUAAUAUGCCUGCAGCAAGAGGACAGACGGAUGAAAAGAAGGGAGGGAGGAGGUGAAAAUCUUCCCAUUGGCUUUGAAGUGCUGAGGGUGGAGGUGAAUCGAUCGUGUAGAGUGCAGUGUUUUAGUGAGCAGGCAGCCAGCUCAGUCUAUAUGGACUCUCGCAGUGUCACCCUGCGUGCGUCAUUGAGCCCUGGCCGCUACGCCCUCCUGCCCACCACCUUCCAACCCGGCUCUACUGGACGCUUCCUUAUACGCCUCUUCUCUCACACACGCAUCAAGCUCAGGGAGCUGAAGGAGGACUUGCCUGCUUCCUCUCUGUGGCAGUGUUGUCUGAGUCAGCCAUGUGCUGUAACUACAGUCCACCUCCACAGAGCUUCCAGCCUCAGCCAGUCCAAACAGCCAGCUCCAGAUGUGUAUGCUGUCAUUAGGUGUGAGGAAGAUUCUAUAAGGACACGUGUCUUUCAGAAAGAUGUUAGUCCUGAGUUCAACACCAAAGCCAUUUUCUACAGGAGGCGACCCAGGACAAAAAUCUCUAUAGAGUUGUGGAGAAGAGGGUUGCUGUUUGACUCCUUCCUGGGUGGAGCUUUCCUUCAAACAGGAGACAGUGAAAGAGGGCGGAGCAGAGUGAUAGAUUUGCAAGGUGGAAAAUCUUGUGGGUGUAUCUAUGUAGAGACGUCUACCAGUGACUGUCUGACUGAUUUAUGAUCACAGCUGCACUGCUGAAGACUGGGAAAACCUGUGUGGGACCGGACCUGUGUUGCUGUUACACUGGGAAGUUGUUCUGCAUUGGCUAGUUUUCCUAUUGGUCAGCAGCAGUGCUAUAAUCAUGAUUUUAUUAAAUUCAUUGGGAUGGAAUAAUAUGUAAUAAAUAUAUCUCGACCAGGUUGGUGCUUUAAAGCAGUGUUUUCUCAAUCCUACUUGUGGAGUCCCUGCCCAUGUAGUAUAUUCUGUAUUAUUAUUAUUAUUAUUCACUAUAUAUAUGCAGUAGAAUAAAACAGUCAGUAGAGCUGUACUAGCAGCAGUAACUGCGCAUUGCUGUAAGAAUUCCCUGUUUAUUGAUUAUUUAAACAAAUUGUCACUUGGUGUUUACAGAGGGGGAGAGCUUACAAAGUUUACUUGUGGAUUUGUUGUUAAUUUCUAAUAUUUUUUUUACCCAUUUCACUCUGUAAUUACUCCUUGCAAUGUAUGUUGUUUGUACUUUCAUUACACAAUUUUAGGCACAAGGAUCUUGCAAAUAUUUAUAAAAACGUUUACACAAUAGUAAUAACAUUGUAAUUAAAUGGUAACAUAAUAGUAAAUGUGUUAAAAAUAA